CUCCCAGGCAGGACGUUCCCACGCGGAGGCGGUCCUGGGAAAGGCUGUGGGGCGGGCCCGGAGGCGGGCUCCAGCGCUCCUGUCCCUCUGCAGCCUGUUCUCCGUUACUUGCUUCGCAGACCCUCGCGUUCUGGCUUCCGCUGAGCCGCACGAUGUCCUUUAGAGCUGCCUGGAGCUUGGUGCUGAGGAAAGGAGGACUUGGAAUGCGAGGGAUCCACAGCCCAGGAGGCACUGCCCACGGCAAGGAGAAGAUGCCCCCCUACACCAACUACCAUGCCCAGCGCUCCUACCCCAUGCCCGAUGAGCCCUUCUGCACGGAGCUCAACGCAGAGCAGCAGGCCCUGAAGGAGAAGGAGAAGGGCAGCUGGACGCAGCUGAGCCAUGCUGAGAAGGUGGCCCUGUACCGGCUCCAGUUCCAUGAGACCUUCACAGAGAUGAACCGUCGCUCCAACGAGUGGAAGACAGUGAUGGGCUGUGUCUUCUUCUUCUUUGGAUUCACAGGUCUGCUGAUUUGGUGGCAGCGGGUCUAUGUGUUCCCUAAGAAACCCAUCACCCUGAUGGAUGAGUGGAAGGCCCAGCAGCUCCAGCGCAUCCUGGACAUGAAAAGCAACCCUGUGCAAGGCCUGGCCUCCCGGUGGGACUAUGAGAGGAAGGAGUGGAAGAAGUGACGUGGCAUCCCAGCUGCUCGCGCUGCAGCUCUGCCCUGGCCCGGAGCCUAUGGAGGCCCCUCCCCGCCACUUAACCCCAAUAAAGCUGGCCUGCUCUCAUCUGC